GAGCGUUGAGCUUGCUUAGAGUUGCUUUAUUUUGAAAAUCCUGUCCGGAUGUCUCGUGUUGUUGCCUGUGAACUUGACACCGGUGCGCUCCUCUUCAACGAUGAAAAACAGUCUCCCGAGUCCCACCGGACACCAGUGGAUCCUCUGCGGACGCAGUGUGGAGCAGCAGCCAGGAUGAUCCCAGUGGGUGAAUUCAGAAACUUCGGCAUAGAGCAGAACUCAAAGUACCGGGUGCUGAAACCGUGGUGGGAUGUUUUCUCAGAGUACCUGUGCGUUGCUAUGCUCAUGAUUGGAGUCUUUGGGUGCACAUUGCAGCUCACCCAAGACAAGAUUACUUGUCUACCCAGCCACUUCACCAGCCCAACACCUCAAGCAAUCGACUGCAGCCACAUCCGGAACUAUGGGGAGAACGAAACAUUGCUUCCAGUGGUCCUACCCGCAAAGCCCAUCAUCCGGGAGGUGACUGGUCGCAAGAAUGGCCUCGACAUUCACCAAUAUGUGUUUGUCAACCACUACUGCUAUGAGAGGUUUGUCCACUGGUAUGCAAAGUACUUCCCUUACCUCGUUGUGAUCCACACUCUAAUCUUCAUGGUGGCGAGUAGCUUCUGGUUCAAAUUCCCUGGGACGUCUUCAAAAAUUGACCUCUUUGUUACCAUCCUUGGGAAGUGCUUUGAUUCGCCCUGGACCACGAGGGCCCUGAGUGAGGUUUCUGAGGAAAGAGGAGAAGAGAAACUGGUCAGCUGGAGGAGGAACACCAUGUCAAAAGAUCAAGGCGAUCGGCGAGCAGAUGAGGAGGAGACAACGGGGCUUCUUCGCUCCUCCUCUGUUAAAUCUAAUCCGGAGAAGAAAACUCCAGAGCCUCAGUCGACCCCCUCUGUCUUGGAUAAGAAGGAAGGAGAGCAGGCCAAAGCUCUGUUUGAAAAGGUGAAGAAGUUCAGAACUCAUGUAGAGGAAGCAGACAUCUUGUAUGUCAUGUAUGUGCUACAAACAUCACUGAAAGUCUUCAAGUUCCUCAUAAUCAUCAUCUACACUGCGGUGCUGGUACCGAACAUUGAGAUAGUGGUACGCUGUUAUGUUCCUCCUGAGCUGACUGGUUUUGAUAUCUAUUGCUGUAACCACAACAAAGCCCACCUUUUCUCCAAGCUUGCCUACUGCUAUAUCUGCUUUGUUGGAGUGUUUGGACUUUUGUGCAUCUACACCCUCUACUGGCAGUUUCAUAGACCUCUGAAGGAGUACUCCUUUGAGCACGUCCGACUGGAGACAGGCAUUAACGACAUACCGGAUGUGAAGAAUGACUUUGCCUUCCUCCUGCACCUUGUGGACCAAUAUGAUGCUCUUUACUCUAAAAGAUUUGCUGUCUUUCUCUCUGAGGUCAGUGAGAGUCAUCUCUACCAGCUCAACCUCAACCAUGAGUGGACCGCCAAAAAACUGCGUACCCGCCUCGCCAAGAAUGCCAAGAACCGCUUGGAGCUCCACCUGUUAAUGUUGCCAGGGCUACCCGACACAGUCUUUGAAAUUCCUGAAGUGGAAGCGCUCAAACUGGAGCAAGUUAAGAAUGUCACAAUCCCAGCCAGUGUGGCAAAGCUGGACUCCCUCCAGGAGUUAUCGUUGAUCUUCUGUCCUGCAAAGCUCCAGCUGCCCGCCCUGCACCACUUCAGGGCACGUUUAAAGGUCCUGUAUCUGGAUUUUGAAAGUUCAGAAGAGGUGCCUAUGUGGAUGUACACCCUGCAUAGCUUGGAGGAGUUGCAUCUGAAUGGUCCUUUGACCAAUGAGGUGUCCAAAAGUGCCACUCUGGACUCCCUACGUGAGCUUAGGGCUCUCAGAGUCCUCUCUCUCCGCUCCAACCUCACCAAGAUCCCACCGAGCCUAGUGGAUGUUGCACUGCAGCUGCAGCGGUUGUGCAUCUAUAAUGAAGGUGUCAAGGUCCAAGCUUUUAGCAGCCUGAAGAAGUUAACAAACAUCACCUCAUUGGAGUUAGUGGGCUGCGAGUUGGAGCGCAUCCCAAGUGCUGUCUUCAGCCUGAGCAACCUGCAAGAGUUAGACCUGAAGGAAAACAAACUCACCACUGUGGAGGAGAUCCUGAGCUUACAGCACUGCAGCCGUUUAGUGACACUAAAACUGUGGCACAACAAGAUAUCCUACAUCCCUGAUCAUAUCAGUAAGCUGCACACACUGGAGACUCUAGACGUCAGCUGGAACAAGCUACGAAAGCUUCCUUCUCGGCUGUUUUAUUGCACCAAACUCAGGCACCUGGAUGUCUCCCACAACCAGCUCACCUCACUUCCUCCUGAGGUGGGCAUUCUGCAGGGUCUCCAGUUCUUCUCCGCUGCUUUCAACUCUUUGGAGACACUGCCAGAGGAGCUGUUCUCCUGUAAAAGGCUAAAGACGUUAGCUCUUGGAAACAAUUGCUUGUCGUAUCUUAGCGCCAGAGUGGCCAGUCUGGCCCAGCUGGUCCGCCUGGAGAUUAAAGGGAACCGUCUGGAGUCUCUACCUGUAGAGAUAGGGGACUGUCCCUUUCUGAGUCUCAGUGGACUGAUAGCGGAGGACGAACUGCUUGAGCUGUUGCCACCUGACGUACGAAGCCAGCUGACUAAUGGCUGAGUAUGUGGAGCUAAGGGCUGUCAUUGACUCAUGGUGGUCAAUCGUGGUCUGAGUAUUAACAGUAAGGCUGGGUACUAUUACAAGAUAACUUCUAAGUUAUCAGUUGAAAUAACCCAGUACCAAGUAGUAUCAAAAUGCCCCUAGUCAAACAAUACCUGAAUUUGGUCCUUUUUGCACCAGAGAUCUGAGCCCGGACCCUUUCAGCUCCCUGCCAGAUUACCAAACUACUGCUAUUGCUGCUGUCUCGGUAGCUGCCUUCCUUCAAGCGAUCACUUAGUUCAGUGUCUAGCUGGUUAGCAUGAGCUUACACAGUAGAAGCAGCUAACAUCCAACACUGGGCCGUUAAGCGUUCCCAUCAAAAUAACAUCAGCACUGAAUAGGCUCGACCCAGGCUAAACCCAUUAAUAACUAUUAUGCAGUGUUUACCGUGUAAUGCUAACACUUAGCCCUGAUACUGUGUUUGUGUGCAGCCAGGUGGACUCUCACCAACUGUCUCCAGUGCUGAGCUCACACUCCUGCAGAAGCAGCUACAACCCAUACAGUGUGUUCUGUGGCAAAAAAAAUCGAGCGCAUUAUAUUGGCAGAGUUAGCAGCUCAGGAUUCCAAGAUGCCAACAAAAUAUUUGAAAGUAUGGCUACACUCCAUUCACAUUAGGGGUACCAAAUGAGGUACUCUACUGGUAUCAGUAACACUUUAAGGGUAAUGGUAUUGGUACUAAUACUUUUAAAUGCCACUUAGCCCUAAGAGUAUUAAUCCAUGUUGCUAGGUGGAAAUUCUUAUACAAGACAGUAUGGGAAGGGAAAUCAAAAUCAUAACUGACCAAAACACUAGAAAAUGUAUUUUUAAAAUCAGUCAUCGUGGAAAGUGUGAAUACGUUAAAAAUCAACUUGCACAUGUUUUUAAGAUGUUUUUUUAAUGCAUUUUUUACAAAAAAUACCUUUGAAAUAAUUAUUUUACAAACUUUAUAGGUGUCAUGUAAAUACCGUACUUACUUUUAAAAUGUAUUUUUAUGUAACUAAUUUUAAUCAUGUGGAUCAAACUGAAGUUUAACAAGAAAUCUUUGAAAUUUUGAUAAUGUGGAGGAGACAAGGGCUCCAAACUUUACAUGACUAAAACAGUGAGUAAGGUUUGACCUUCACAUUGUUCUGGACCAGGGUUCUUCACUGUUUACUGCUUAUUUGCUAGAUUCUUCAAAGCACAAGUCAAGGGAUUUUUAACUGCGCUGUUUCCUGUUUGACAGGUUUACACAGAACGAAAAAGUGUUUCCCACAGUGCAGUGGCUCAAGUUGCUCUUUCAGACCUUGAACAAGUGAAGGGAGACAAAGCCUUUCAGUAUCUGAAUAAGAGGUAUUCAUCUCUCUGUUUACAUAUUCAGUGGAAAGGAGAAAAGACUGAAACCAAACACGUGAUUACCAAUCAGAAGUAGCAUGAUAUUCAAUGUGCAUUACACGUUACAAUACUUUACUAUUUAGAAAGAAAAAUAGGAUAAUACUACUGUCUUUAAAAUGCUGAUAUUGGAUAUUAUAUAUAAGUGCCUGUGGUGAUGUGUGAUACAUUGCACAAACAAACAUUUGACAUUAUUAUUUUUUGUUUAAUUUUUUUCUACCUCCUGUAGCACAAUUUCAAUUUUACAUUAAAAUACUGUAUAUGAUUUCCUGUAAAGCAGUUGAGUCGUGAGAUAUAAAAUUACCUAAAAGUUUGAUGUUUGUCUGAUUGCACAUCAUACUCUGGUGAUGACACAUUUAGAGUGCCCUUUGAACACACCGAAACAAGGCAAUAAAAUGACUAAAAAGUU